UCUCGUUAUCCAUAUCUUUGCUCUGAAUAGCUCUUCUGAUUACGAGCUGCGAAGGAGCAACAAGAUAGAAGAACGACAACGAUUUCAAUGGCGUCAGCACCCGGAAAGCUCGCAUACCCCCAGUUCUCCGGGCUGCGGCGCACGUGUGCCUGCGUCUCCAACACUCACCCCCUCUUUUUGCGCCGUGCCGACGCCGCAGCUUCCCGAAGAUCUUUCGGCGGAAUCUUCGCUAUGGCCGGAACUGGCAAGUUUUUCGUUGGUGGCAAUUGGAAAUGUAAUGGGACUAAAGAUUCUAUUAGUAAGUUGGUUGCUGACUUGAACAGUGCUACACUUGAAAAUGAUGUGGAUGUUGUUGUAGCUCCCCCAUUUAUCUACAUUGACCAAGUAAAGCGUUCAUUGGUUGAUCGAAUAGAGAUAUCUGCUCAGAACUCUUGGAUAGGAAAAGGUGGAGCCUUUACAGGAGAAAUCAGUGCUGAACAAUUGAUUGACAUUGGAUGCAAGUGGGUUAUUCAUGGCCAUUCUGAGCGUAGACAUAUUAUAGGGGAAGAUGACCAGUUUAUAGGGAAGAAAGCUGCUUACGCCUUGAGCCAGAAUCUUAAGGUUAUUGCCUGUAUAGGAGAGAAGUUAGAUGAAAGAGAAGCAGGAAAAACUUUUGAUGUUUGUUUUCAGCAGCUAAAGGGUUUUGCAGAUAAUGUGUCCAGUUGGACAAAUAUUGUUAUUGCCUAUGAGCCUGUAUGGGCUAUUGGCACAGGCAAAGUUGCCACUCCAGAGCAAGCUCAGGAGGUACAUGCUGCAGUUCGUGAUUGGCUAAAGAAGAAUGUCUCAGCUGAAGUUGCUUCUGAGACUCGAAUAAUAUAUGGAGGUUCUGUUAAUGGCAGUAACUGCGCAGAUCUUGCAAAGAAGGAAGAUAUUGAUGGCUUUCUUGUUGGUGGUGCCUCCUUGAAGGGCCCAGAAUUUGCUGUCAUUGUCAAUUCAGCGACUGAGAAGAAAGUUGCUGCCUAACUUUUGUGUCAGUAUUUGCUCCUAUGUUGAAUAAAGUCAUGUUUGUUUAAAUUUUAUUUUCAUAAAAGAGCUGAGCCUUUUUCCUAUACUGUCAUAAAUCUGAUUUGUGAUUUUGUUAAACUUUUACUGAUUAAUAAACAAAUUUUUAUUCUCC